UUUAAGGACAAGUAAGAUAUAUAAUAAUAUACGCAGUAUAUUAUCCGCGGACUGUUCUUUUAAUUGAUUGUGUCAUUCGAUCGAGGUCAAGUCUACUCCUCUCCCUUCCCUCUCAUUUAGUUUCCUCUUUCUAAAGAGAAGUUCAGUAGCUGUUAAUUCCAACUCGUUCUACAUUUCCAAUUAGCUCUCAACAUUUUCCCUUUCUUUCUCUGAUCAACUCACCGAGAUCGAUCAAGCCCUUCAAAUGUGAAAUUUUUUCACCAUAAUCAUGAAAAUGAGUUGCACUUUCUUCUUCACCAAUCUUCCUCUUGUUCUGCCUCUCCUGCUAGUUUGCUCUGCAACUCUUGCUUUCGGAGCCACUCAAUUACCAGACGAUGAAGUUCAAGCCUUAAAGGACAUAGCAAAGACUCUGGGGAAGACGAACUGGAAUUUCAGUGCUGAUCCCUGUGGCCAAGAUUACGGGUGGGCUAAUCUGAACCCGGUUGAAGGAUUUGAAGAUGCCGUAACCUGCAAUUGUACCUUAGUUCCCAAUUCCACUGUCUGCCACGUCACUAGCAUAGUUUUGAAAGCUCAGAACUUGCCGGGAAAACUCCCGCCAGAGUUUAGCAGGCUACCCUAUCUCCAAGAAAUUGACCUCACCCGCAACUACCUGAAUGGUACCAUUCCUCCAGACUGGGGUGUCCUGCCACUGGUUGACAUUUCCCUUCUUGGAAACCGUUUGACAGGUUCUAUACCUGUUGAGCUUGCAAACAUUACAACCCUCAAAAGUUUGGUCCUUGAAAUCAAUAGCUUAUCUGGAGUUCUUCCCGCAAAGCUCGGGAAUUUGCCCAACAUAGAAAGAAUGCUUCUUACCUCAAACAACUUUACUGGCGAGUUGCCGGAAACAUUUGCAGGACUUAGUACGCUACAGGACUUUCGGAUCAGUGACAAUUCCUUUUCCGGAAAGAUACCUAAUUUUAUUCAGAACUGGACAAAUCUUAAUAAAGUCGCAAUUCAGGCUAGUGGCUUGACAGGGCCAAUUCCUUCCGGCAUUUCUCUUUUGACAAAAUUAACUGACAUGAGAAUUACUGACUUGAAUGGACCUGAAUCAUCAUUGCCUUCACUUAAGAAUUUGGUUAAACUGAAGACACUGAUGUUGCGGAAUUGCAAUAUUACCGGACAGCUUCCAGAAUAUCUUGGGACUAUAAAGACUUUGAAAACAUUAGACCUCAGCUUUAACAAGCUAACUGGAGAAAUUCCAAGCAGCUUUUCUGGUCUAGCGAAGGCGGAUUACAUGUUCUUGACUGGAAAUAUGCUCACUGGAUCCGUGCCUGAUUGGCUGAAUGGAGAAAGCAUUGAUCUUUCAUAUAACAACUUUACUACUAACUCAGAGGUUAAAUGUGAAGCACAACCAGGCUUGAACUUGUUUGCCAGCUCUUCAGGGGGCAAUACUUCAUCUGUUUCAUGUCUGAAAAUUACAAAAUGUUCAAAAACUUGGUACUCUCUCCACAUAAAUUGUGGCGGAGAAGAAGUAAAACUUAGUGAAAACUUCACAAGGCCUACGGUGGCAACGUAUGAAGAAGAUACAGAUAGAUCUGGGCCUUCAUCAUUUUACCAAAGCAGUACGAAUUGGGCAAUAAGCAACACUGGUUACUUCCCUGACGAUGACAGUUCUACAGAUACCUAUUUCUUGACUAAUUCAUCUAGACUCUCCAUAAAAACCAAUCCUCAGCUGUAUUUGAAUGCACGGCUUUCUUCUAUUUCGUUAACUUAUUAUGGGUUUUGUCUGGGAAAUGGAAUUUACACAGUGAACCUCCAUUUUGCCGAGAUAAAGUUUACCAAUAACAAAACAUAUAGCAGCUUGGGAAGGCGUAUAUUUGAUAUUUAUAUCCAGGGUUCACUGGUGCUGAAGGAUUUUAACAUUGCUAGUGACGCAGGAGGGUUUGGUAUCGCCGUUGUGAAAAACUUCACUGCUAAUGUAACUCAUAAUACCUUGGAGAUCCGUCUACUUUGGGCUGGGAAAGGAACCACUAGCAUCCCUCAAAGAGGAACCUAUGGUCCGCUUAUCUCCGCUAUUUCUGUUGAUCCUAACUUUGAACCCCCGCCAGAGGCCCCAACAGGAGGUGAAGGUGGAAGUGGAAUAUCUGUCGGUGUAGUGAUUGGAAUUGUGGCUGGUGGAAUCUUCAUUAUUCUACUUAUUUUUGGUACUCUUUGGUGGAAAGGCUUUUUAAGACGAGAAAGGACUCUUGAACAAGAUUUAGAUGGUGUGGACUUGCAAACCAGUAAAUUUACCUUGAGGCAAAUCAAAGCCGCCACAAACGAAUUUGGCCCAGCUAAUAAGAUUGGAGAAGGUGGUUUUGGUCCUGUCCACAAGGGUGUUUUAUCAGAUGGCACCAUAAUAGCUGUUAAACAGCUUUCUGCCAAAUCAAAGCAAGGGAAUCGCGAAUUUGUGAAUGAGAUUGGCAUGAUUUCUGCUUUACAACACCCUCAUCUUGUCAAGCUAUAUGGAUGCUGCAUUGAAGGAAAUCAUUUGUUGCUUGUCUAUGAGUACAUGGAAAAUAAUAGUCUUGCACGUGCUUUGUUUGGUCCGGAAAAAAGUCAGUUGAAGUUAGAUUGGCCAACAAGGCACAAUAUCUGUGUUGGUAUUGCAAGAGGCUUGGCCUUCCUUCAUGAGGAGUCAAGGUUGAAGAUUGUUCAUCGAGACAUCAAAGCUACUAAUGUGCUUCUUGAUAAGAAUCUAUUCCCGAAGAUAUCUGACUUUGGAUUGGCCAAACUUGAUGAAGAGGAUAAUACCCACAUAAGCACCCGAAUUGCUGGAACUUAUGGAUACAUGGCACCUGAAUAUGCGAUGCGCGGUUAUCUAACUGAUAAAGCCGAUGUCUAUAGUUUUGGAAUUGUUGUAUUGGAAAUAGUUAGUGGGCGGAGCAAUACAACUUACCGCGCAAAGGGAGAAUGCUUUAUUCUUCUUGAUUGGGCACUUGUUCUAAAAGAGAAAGGGAACAUACUGGAACUAGUUGAUCCAAGGUUGGGCUCAGACUUUAACAAAGAAGAAAUGAUGAACACAAUCAAUGUAGCUUUUCUUUGCACUAAUGUCAUUUCAGCAGAUAGGCCUACUAUGUCUUCUGUGGUGAGCAUGCUUGAAGGCAAGGCUUCUGUCCAAGAGUUGGUCUUGGAUUCAAAUGCGUCGAAGGAUGAGAUCAAUGAAAUGAGGAAACAUUUUGAGUCCAGUUUUUCAGAAAACAAGAGUGAGAAUAGUCAGAGGCAAACUAUGUCAACCGAAGGGCCUUGGACUGGAUCAUCUUCAUCUGUUAAUGAUCUUUAUCCGGUCAAUCCUGAUUCAAGUUAUUGGGAGAACAGAAAUUAGAGAAACUGAGCAAACUGUCUUCAGUUUGUUACCAGUAUAUAUAUAUGUGUGUUCAAAAAACCAUUUAAAAUAUUUUUUUUUUCGAAAUAUAAGGCAGGAAUGUUCACUGAAUAACAUAUAGUUCUUUUAUAGCAUAGUAAUUUUAGAUUGUGAAGAUUUUUGAAAGGAAUUCUGGAUUGUGAAGAUGUUCACAGGCAUGGAUUAUAUCUUUUCAACUUAAUUAUUGUAUUGAAUUUUCUCUUCUCAUUAUCUAUGGAAUAAAUCAUUUUCGAGGAA